AUGCCGAAAAUGUCGAGAAAUUUGGCAAAAUCGAAAGAAUCGGAAGAACACAAUUAUUUCUACAAGGAUGAAAUUUUGCCAGAUAUUCGGGCUCGCCAGAAAGCCAUCCCGACCGAAAAAGACUCGACGGUGCCGAUGGAGCAAAUUCCAAAUCAUCUUGGCAUGCAAACCAUCGAUACAAAGUCUAACAUUGGCAAAUAUUUCGUGGAAUUCGCGAGCACUUCGACCAUACACGGUCUUAGGCAUUGGGUGGCACCGCACAGACAUCCCGUUGAAAAGUUUCUGGCGACCGUGUUUAUCGUUGGUGCCCUGUUGUGUUUGAUCUCUUUGUCGGUCAUGUUUUGGAACCGCUAUCAAAACGAAGCUACCGUCAUCGUAGUGAACAACGAACGCGAUCGGUUUCGAAUAUCAAAACCAGCUGCGUUUAUUUGUCCGGUGCCGAACGUAGACGAGAGCAAAAUUCCGGACGUUUUUAUCAAACACGGCGUCGAACACACGCUAGAAGCAGAACGGUUCUUCACUUUUCUUGCCAAUGUAAAUUACCAAAACAUGCCAAAGACACCUAAUUUCGACAAGGUACCGCCGAACAAAUGGUUGGCAAUUCUUUACGAUUUACGGAGAUACAUUCCUCCUAACAAUUUGAAGGAAGAGGACCGUUUCGAGGCUUGGGUGGUGACAGAAAAUGGCGUGUGUCUAGCAAAGAGAAGCGUCUUUGCGAUCUACGCUACGUACGAAUACUGGACGAGCAAUAAUUGGACAACCGUUCCCGUAAUACCACCCGACCAAGUACCGUACUACGAUCACAACGAUGAUCAUUCGCAAGAACCUUUCGUUGCAGAGAACAUGGCACUGUUCGCUGUAUGCGAUCCCUUCGAAAUCUUGUCAUACGAUAUUCCUACAAAGUGGACGCGGCCGCAACUGUUGCAACGUCUGAUCAUGUCAAUAUCCGAAAUCAAGACAAGAGCAAACGUCAGAGAGCUCCAGGUCCAUCAGAGGAAAUGUAAAUUCGUAAACGACGGUGGUUUGAGAACGUGGCCAGUCUAUACAAAAAACAUGUGCGUGAUAGAGUGCAGAAUGCGAGUGAUUGAAGAUCGUUGCAACUGUCGACCACACUUUGCCAGACCUAUAGAAGGGGUGAAUAUAUGCAACGCGGCGCAGCUACGUUGUAUCGGUGAAAUAACGAAAGACCUAUUCAUGUUCGAAUAUCCACCGUCCUUCUGCAAUUGCGUUCCAAACUGCGACGUCGUCGAAUACCAGAUAACGGACGGCGAAAUAAACGAUCUGAACGAUAUGCCGACAAAUUCAUCGUUUAUAAAUUUAAUAGUCGAAUUUCCACAAAUCAUCUAUUAUCGGUCACUGAUGUUCGGAUUCACAGACUUUUUAACCGGAGUCGGAGGUGCUGCUGGAUUAUUUCUAGGAGCCAGCGUAUUAUCCUUUGUGGAAGUAUUUUAUUACAGCACAUUACAUAUAUUUUUUUACCUGAAACGAAUGAAAUGA